GACUGAACAUUAAAAGGUCUGAAGCUGUGUCUGCUUGUAACGGCGUUAUAGCGUUGCGGCUUAAUAGAACCUUUACCAACGUUUCCUACAAGCAAGUCCAACAUUUUCCUACGUUACUGCUUCCUACUAGCGUUCCUUAGCCUGUCUUCCAUGCCAUACCAGCAAGAAUUCCUCGCCUUCGCGCUCUUUUUGCUUGAGAUGCCAUAUUCCACCUGUUAACCUUGCAAGGUUGUGGCUCAUAAGCUUGUGAAGAGAUUGUCAGCAUAUACGAAAUGCGUCCAGCUGAGCAGCGUCACCUUGCUUCCGAGUCUCCUAACCCUCGAGACGGCACCCAAACCCAAACUGGCGCAGGAGCGUCGGCAGAUCUUGGGCUUCUUGAUACAGCGCAAAUACUAUGUAGCCUUUCAUCAAGCCAUUACGUGCAAAAACUGCCCAACGCCGAGGACUCAUGGGCGGGGCAUCAGCACGGAGAAGACGAGCCCGUUCCACCGAAACUCGCUGUGCCUUCGGCGGUGUCACCGGUUGCAGUUCCUGAAAAAACUGAUAUUGAUGCGCACAGGGCAGCAGCGGGUACUGUUGGCUUAGCGCUGGCUCGUAACGGAAGCGUGAAUGCGAUGGAACGAGGUAUCGCAGCGGUGCCCGCUAACAGGAGCUCCUAUGAACAGUCGGCAACUUACCAUGCCAACGGCCCUGAGGGCAUCAUGGUGGACAGCAGGGUCUCCCCGGGUCCACGUGGAGCACCGUUGGAAAUGGACGCACGUGUGGAUUUAGCGGUCGGGGCCCAGCGGACGCUGCUCCCCUAUCCCCAGCAGCAGCAUCCUAGGGCCGACCCAGAUGGUGGCCUGGGUGGAAUGCUGGCAAGCCCCGACCCAGAUUCCUUUCCAUCCCAACAACCGCAGCUCCUGGGCUCCUGGUACGUUCCCAGCCAUCAUGACUUGCAUCAACAGCAGCAGCACCAGCAGCAGCACCCGCAAGACCCACAGGUGCUGCAGCCCCAGCACCAGCUGCUCUUACUGCCGCCACAGUCGCAACAGCAGCAGCAGCGGCAACCCCAGCCCCAACACCUACCUCAGCCGCAGCAGCACCCUCCGCAGCCCCGCCGACGGCCGCUGGGCGGUGAUGCAGCCUCACCAUCUCCGCCGCCGCCUUCUCCUCCGCCAUUCGCACUACCACCGGCUGACCUGGCUGCGACAACUGGCAGUGCUGCCACAUCAGCAGCGGUCGGGGCCAUGGCGGUAGCAGUAACAGUGCCGCCGCCGCCGCAGAGAGGGGGGAGGUCCCGCAGCAUGGGGACUGUCGCUGAUCUGGGUCUGGGGCCGGAUGGGACGCCCAUGCCAGGGCCGUCGCAAGCUGCUGCUGCUGCUGGGUAUCCUUUACCGGAAAGUAGUCCUUCCCGCAACGUCGCAAUUGCUGUCCCUCGCGACUACGACCGCCGGUUAGAUCGCUCGUUUGAUAACCAGCAGCACUUUGCUUACGAUCAGCAGCAACAGCAGCGGGGUCGUGGUCGGGACUACCUCGAACAACACCAGUCAGGAGGCUACGACCAACAGCAAUUCGACUACAACUAUGGACGCGGCGUUGGUGGCGGCAGCGAUUAUUAUGACCAAGCGCAACAGCAACAACAACAGCAACGCAUGCUGCGUCCACCUCCGCAGUAUCCGCAGCAGCAGCCUCUGCAGCAUGCACCGCAUGCCAGACAGCAACCGGUAUAUCACCAUGCACAUCGGGCCUCGCAAGGUUCUUUGGGAGGUGAAACGGGGCUGGCCGGGCAAGUCAGCGCUGCCGCGACGGGCCACGCGCCUGGCCUAGAUCAGCUAGUUGGCGCCAGCGGCACCACUGGCGUGGCCUUCCCGCCUCAUACAUACUCUCCGGACCAAAGAAGGCCGCUACCAGCGCUUAUUCCCCUCGGUGGAGCAGGCGGCAGCUUGGAGCUUGCACUGGCGCCUGCUGGCGGGCCCAUUGGUGCUGCUGCCGCCGGCGGACCCAUGGGUCAUCACGGGCUGCUUCGAAACGCCAGUGACCCGCGUCGGCCUCCGCAACCUCAAGCCCUUGAUGCGUUGGAAGCUGCUAAUACCUCAGCGGCACCUGUGGCUGCAUCUGCUGUGCCUCGUCGCCGUUACCUUAACAGCGGCGGCGGUGGCAAUGGUGGUAGUGGCAGCGGUAGUGGGAGUGGCAGUGGUGCUUGGAUGGGUGCGGGCUCGGAACCGAUGGCGGGAGAUGUGGGAAUGAUCCCGGCCGCGGCCGCAGCAGCAUUGCCCGGGGUUUCAGGCGCUGCCCCGCACCGCUUGUCUGUGAGGUCGCUUGAGCACACGGAUAGCUCAGUAGCCGCCGCCGGUGGUGCGGCGGUGGCAGCAGUAGCAGCAGCUGGGGGCGGAGGAGGAGCGUACAGCAGUGGUGGCGGCGCCGUCGCCGAUUAUGGGAUGCCGCCGCAACCGCUACCGAGUCAUGUUGCCCAGGGCCGUGGUAGCAGCGGUGGUGGUGGCGGCGCGGAUCCCUCUGGCGUCGUAGCCGCCGCCGCCGCUGUUGCAGCUGGCCGUGCCGGCAUGCCCGGCGGCGCUGUAGGCGUAGGUAGCAUGGACCCUGCGAGUUACGGCGGCGCUCCUGUUUCUCCUGGUGUCGGCGCCGGCGCUGGCGUUGGCGCUGCGGACCAAGUGGCGGGUGGUAGCGUCUUCUCUCGGUCGGACCUGUCGGGCCGCGCGGGGGAGUUAGUAGCGCUUGGACGGGAGCUAAUCAUGCGGCUGAAUCGAGUAAAGGAUACCAAAGCAAGCCUGACCCAAAUGGAGGAGAUCCUGACAGACGAGAUCGGCGCUGUACGACAAUCCCUGCGGGAGAUCUUGCAAGAGCAUCGCCGCCAAGAGCUACAGGAGCACCUCCGCCGAGUCCAUCGUACGACAACUGCCGCGGCGGCAGCGGCGGCCGCAAACGCCAACGCGGCUAGCGCCGGCGCCGCCACCAGCCCCGGUCCCGCCCCGGCAAACCGUACGACGACACCGCCACCUCUUGCUGCCGUACGACGUAGCGUCGCAGCCGUAACACCCCAGCCUGCCGUAUCUCCUCUCCCAGCCGCCGCCGCCUCGCCAACGCAACCGCCGCUGCAACCGCCCCAACGCACGGCAGCGGCACCACCGCCGCCGCAGCAACCACAACAGCUGCAACAGCGACCACAACCGCAAUUGCAGCCGUUGCAUCCGCAGCUGCAGCAAUCGCGGUCUUCGGGCCACUUAGAUGCGUCGACCGAAAACCGGCCAACGACAAGGAUGGCGCCGCCGCCGCCGCUGCAACCGCCGCCGCCACAGCAAGCUGCAAGCCCGCCCGCACGGCAAAACUCAGCACCGGUUAUACAGCAGCUACAGCCGCAUUACGGGACGCGCUUCCCUUCCUCCAGUUCCGUACCUUUACCAGUGACGCCACAACAGGUUCAGUUGCAGCCUCAACAGUCGCCGCAAUCUACUUCACCGCCGCCGCCAGUGCAUCAACAGGGACCCGUGGGUCGUCAGACGUCGGGUAUGGCUCCACCUCAGCCGCCAGCGUUGUCGGUUUGGGUUUUACAACCCGGCCAACCGGCGGCGGCUGCCGGCGGCGGCGGUAGCGGCUCCGGGGCUGCGGACUCGGCCCAUUGGGAUGCGGGGCUGGAUGCACCGCAACUCACAUUCCACACGCACGGCCACCCCCACAGUUCCAACGCUAUCCAGUUGCAAGAGCGAGGGGUAACGAGGCAACAAGGCUCCGGAGGCGGAGGGGCAGCAGGCCGAGGAGCACAGGAGCAGGAUGGUGCCCAGGCGCCCAGUGUGGGGGAUGUCCUCCGGCUGCUUGCUGCCACGGUAGCCAGCGGCAGUGGGGGCGGAGGCGCCGGAGGUGGCAGGGGCGCUGCGUCAGCUGCGCCGCCGCCGCCGCCGCCGGCGGUUACGCAGGGAGGCCACCGUCUUGUGACUCGACCUGCGCCGCCGCCGCCUCCAACCUGGCCGCAGGAGGAGAGGCGGAUGCCGCCGCCGCCACCGCAGCAGCAUCAGGAGCAUGUGGCGCUGCCCCCGCCGCGUCAGGCUUUGCUACAGCAGCCAUCGUCGCCGCCGCAUCCAUCGCAGCAACAGCAGCAGCAAGCACAGCAGCAACAGCAGCAGCAGUUCCCUGAGCCUAGACGGCGAUCCGCGUCCUCCCUUCCAGGGGACUUGGGCUCAGGAAUGGUAGCCCUGGGAGGGGCCUCAGGGCAAAUUGCUACGGGAGGGGCUCAAAGCCCCUCGUCGGCGAUACCAGGUACUGGGCUGGGCCAGCAGAUACAACCACAGGGUCAGAUCCAGCUGCAAGCACCGCUACAAUCGCAGCCGCAAUCGCCUCAGCAGCAGCAAAUCCCAUCAUCGCAGCGGCAGCAGCAACCUCCACUGCAGCAGGACUCGCAACCUGUACAGGAGCCUCACCAGCAGCCCCAGCAGCAGCAAUACGCCCCGCAGCUGGAUCGCUCAGCGCCCGCACUCGAGACGCCUGCCGCCAAGCGAUCUCGUCCUGUGUAGUCGCGAUUCCGAGGCAGGGUUUUGUCUGUUCUGCCGCUACUGUUGCUGCUUGCGCUUGUUGCUCGUAGUUAUGUUGCCCCGCGGCGGUUCGGGGGUAGCUUGCGCCACCACGUGUUCAUGGCAUGGAUUAGUGCGCGUGACUGCCGAUGCAUGUCUCAAUGUCUCGUUGUUUGUGUGUCUAUUAGGUGAACUGAGCCGCGGACACUGGCACAUACUAACCACCUUUCUGACAUGCUUCUGUGCGUGUGUGUGUAUAUGCUAAGAAAACUGGCGUGUGUGUGUACCGAACCGAGCCGCGAGGCUAGUGCGCAUGCUUGUGAUGUGUGUUCAAAAAACUGGCCGCGAGUAGGAACGAACUGGUGUAUGUGUGCAAUUACGUGUGUGUGGAGGACGAGUAACGGGUUGUGCUGUGCAUCUAAUUUACAUCGUCAUCUUUGCACUGCUGUGGACUGUUGUUAAGCCGGCUUUGUUGCUAUGCCGCUGUUAUUUGGCUGGCUGGCCGGUAGUAUGAAUGGUCGCUUUGAUGGCGGCCUUAAGCUUCCGUGCCGCUCUAUGACCGCCGGGAGGUGGGGGCGCGGCUGGGUGUUUAAACGCUGACAAUGCGGCAUGUUGCGGUUCCUGCCGUGUGUUGCGCGGCGCGUGUUGCUUGGAUGUCUUGGUCUUGCGGGAAGCGGUGAGCUAAGAGUCGGUGCCGCUGGGACCACUCUCUUGGAGUACUGCCUGGUUUAGUAUUGCCUGAUGUGGUCCUCAGGACGCUCUUUGGAUUGCAACGGACUUCGGUCCUUUCUCAUGCAUCCUGGCCUACAUGGGCCUUACAGCGCGGCGCGUGUGACCCAGGGGUCUGCGUGGCUUCGCGAAGGCGGUUUUGGAAGGCAAUCAUCCACGUUGGCGGCGUGUGAUGAGCUGAGUUGCAACGAAGAUGGCGGCAGUGAGACGGAACGGGUAUCAUGUGGGGGUUUGCUCGUGACGUGGGCUUGUGAAGUGUAGACGUGAAGAGCAUUGUGCCAGCUUAAUGUCUGUUGGGGUGUAGAAGUGUGUCUCUCCUCGGCCUGAUGUACCGCUGGGGGUUUUGUUGGUGUUCAGGGCAAGAGGCCACGUGUGGAAUGUGCGGCGCACGAGGGCUAGCUUGGACCAUAACUGAAAGUUGUGCGUUCCUCUGUUUCUACUUUUGUGUGUUCGUUAAGUGACGCAAGAGCGAGAAGCACGGGUCUUCUUUGGUGGAGAGCUCUAUUGCUGCGUUACCUGACUGCGUUGCUGUGCCUUGCUGCUGCUUGUUGUGUUCCGGUGGUAGCAACAUGAGCAGCAGAAAGGGUUAUUGGGAAACGAUUUGGGGGAAGGAAACCCGCGUAUGAUGUGGCACGCACGGGCGCUCCCUACACUUCGUCCAUCGUUGAAUCAACAUAUUUGGUACCUGGAUGCGAAAGGGAAAGCGCCGGCGUGCAGCAGCGGAUGGGAGGCGCAAAGGCCGGAGGAUGUGCAGGAGGGAAACCGCGGACAUCGCAGGAGGAAAUUGAGACGACUGUAAUAUUGCCGCUGGCCGUGAUUCCGUUGAGGUUAGUUGCUUUCUCUUAAUUCUGAUGGGGCUUGAUGGGGUAAGCCCAGGAAGCGGCGUUGGGUGCUGCAGGCCGGUUGGUGGCAUGUCGGUGAUUGGAUGUCGGAUGAACUGAGGUCAUGACCCAUGGGUCCGUCCGGCCCUUGUUGUUGCGAGCCUUGGUGUCCUGGCAACACCAAAGCGGUGCAGCUGGUAAGUCUUCCGCAUCCCCACCAUGCUGCUUGCACUGGUCCGACGGGCGCGUCGAAGGGCUAGAAAGCAGAGGGCAUCCUUCUCCCUUGCUGCUGCUGCUGCCGCUUAAGGGGACUGUUCGUUGUGGGUGUUGAGACGGUACAAUUACUUUUACUAUAACUUUAUUGAAGGCGCUUUGAGUAGGGAUGUGGCCCCGAAAGCAGGCGCUGAACUUGAGCGUUGGUUGGGCCCAUGCACCGAAACAAAAACUGUUGUUAAUAUACUUGUAACGUUUUGCGUGGUAAUGGCGUUAGUACAUGGCGUCAGGAUGUUUAGAGGGACGGAUGUGAGAGGGCCGCGUUGGUGGAAGAGGCCGAGAAGAAUGGCGGGCCUGACCGGGUAUGGACCAACGAAGAACGUUUGGAACAUGGCAAUUAAGCGGUUGCGUCGUCGUUAUUACCGCGGACGGUACAAGGGAGGAACGAUCGACGUGCUAUAGACCAGCCGUGCGUCUUCUGCCGUACGAAUUUUUCUUUGUGAAUCCAUGACAAAAUUCAUGGCAACGACUGCGCGCCGCUAUCACUUGUUAAUAAUAGCUUUGCAUGCGUCGUUUGGCUGAUUACUAUGUUUCCCUGGCCGCAUGCCUAUGAAUGAUAUGCAUCAGGCGUUUCGUGCGUGUGCUGGAGGGGCCUGCUGCAUGGGCGAUGCGUGCAGAUGUGUGCCUGCCUGACACACCCGGUGUGUCCCAAGUAAGCAGGAUGGUGGUGGAGAGGUAUUGAGAGGGAAGCAUUCGGGUGGCAACCGCUUCAUUUGGCUGGGUGUGAAAGGGAUUCGGGAUGGGCGAUGGGAAAUUGGCUGCCGCUGUGAAUCGGCUGGCGCAUGGUGGCUGGACCCAGGCGGCGGUGCGCCGUCACGUUGAUUGCCUCCCGGCGAAAUCUGCACCGUAGGUAUAGCAAGAGGGCAAAGGCAGCCUGGCAAUGCCGCGCAUGCGUCAUGCUAGCGCGUUGCACCCGUUUUGCGUCUGGCUGCCUUUCUUGGUUUACUGUUUCCUUGCGAGCGUGCUUGCGUGUCUCGGAUUCAUCUCGAACCCAAGGGUCGGUGGCUGGCAAGGGGUGGUGCACUGGACAUUUGGCUGGUGCAUCAGCCAGGAAAUAAUGCACUGGCCCAUCAUGAGUGGGGAAGAAUGGCGAGUGCGAGGCUUGCGAAGUGUUGUACGGUUCGUAUGUAGGCGUCCUGGGAAAACAGCAUUGUGACCAGAAUUUAGAUGCUGCUUCCUUGGCUUGGGGCAGCUGUUAGCGGUGGUUAGCAGAGCGGUGGUUUGCUGCUGCUAAACCAUGUUUGGAUGGAAAUGACCGAGUACGUACAUACAUACGUGUUAUAUGACUUGCGACGACGAUUCAUAAUCCCGACGACGGAGCUCUAAGAUCAUGUAUGUGUCAUGUAUAUGUCACGAGUCUAUCGGCCUUGCUGCGCGGAUCGGGGGCGCGUGUGGCCUUGCGUGGGCUGCGCAUAAUGCAAGAUGCGUGUGUUUGCCCGACGUGUUGGUUUGAGGCCGCACCAUUCUCUGUGCGGUGGACCUGCUUUUGCGGUUUAAAGCUGGUCUGCAGGAGGCGUAUAUGUUAUACAAAGGCAACGGGGUGCAGGCGGUGCAGACCGGCUCGGAUAUGUGCGCUAAAAGAAAUACAGCUACAUAUUAUUGAUCGCCAUCUUAUAACAUUCGAUCCUGUGUGGGGGGGACCCUGCGGCGGUGGCCUUGCAAAGCGCAUAAGUUGUUUGUCUGUUCUUGGUACUGCUGCUGUCAGUAUAUGCCGUACCUUCUUGUACGGGUAUACAUGUGUGAUGCCGUACAAAACUGGGUAUGGGCGGGCGGGCGCAUGUUAGCACUGUUUGCGUGUGUUUGUGCCUCGCGCGUGUGAUUUUGUGUUUUGUGUCGCAUGCAACCAUAUAAAGAUGAAAUAAAAGAACGUCAACAGCGUUGGGCCCUUUUGCUCUCUGCUCCUUCAUUCCAUGAAACCAACGAACAAGUAGGGGCCCUGAAAUGGAGACGCUCUUGCAUGUCGGCGUUCAUAUACAUAUCGGUUUACACCUUUAUGCGGACAACGUGUUUGUGAUGUAUGAACGUGGCUAGGGCGCACGAAACAACUGACGGUGUUCCUGUGUGGAGGGAGCUCAUGCGGUUUGUUUGUGGCAUGUGGCGGCGGCAGUGUG